CUCCUUCUCCCCGCGAAAACCCUAGCCGAGGAGGACGAGAGCAGCCGCCAACCGCCGCCAUGACGACUCGCUUCAAGAAGCACCGUAAGAAGCGGGGGCACGUGAGCGCCGGCCACGGCCGGAUCGGGAAGCACAGGAAGCACCCCGGAGGCCGCGGUAACGCUGGCGGCAUGCACCACCACCGCAUCCUCUUCGACAAGUACCACCCCGGCUACUUCGGCAAGGUCGGCAUGCGCUACUUCCACCGUCUCCGCAACAAGUUCCACUGCCCCGCCGUCAACGUCGACCGCCUCUGGUCCCUCGUCCCCGACGCCGUCAAGGACGCCGCCACCAAGGACGCCGCCGCCGCUCCCCUCAUCGACGUCACCCAGUUCGGAUACUUCAAGGUCCUCGGCAAGGGGAUGCUUCCGUCGGAUCGCCCCGUCGUUGUCAAGGCCAAGCUCAUCUCCAAGAUUGCCGAAAAGAAGAUCAAGGCAGCAGGAGGCGCCGUCGUGCUCACCGCUUGAUCCUGUCGGUUAGUUGCAUAGACAGAGAGCUGAUUUGGACAUUACAUUUCCCUGCUACUGUGUUUGAAUCGUUUUGAUGUGUUUACUUGAAGAGUUGAUAAACCAUUUAUUGUUCUUGCUAAUCUUAUUGUCAUUGCUUCUGGUUA